AAUGAAACCAGAAGCAAAACUCAGUUCAAGAUGCCCUCCACAAGGGGGACCUGAUUUUGGCCAAGCAGAUUAUCAUGUGUGAGAUCCACGUAAUUUACUCCAUGCUUGAGGGUCUGCUAUCAAGCCUUAGGGACUGAGAAGUGGUUUUAGUCACAAGCAAUCCACAUGCCUGUAGAUCAUCGUUUAUUAGAUUGUUUGCCCAAAUGAGGUGUCAUCCUGAAGUUUUUUGACAAUUCUAAAAGCAUCUUCCAACUUUGCAGUGAGACAUCUAAGAUAUCUGUGUUGCUUCCCUCAUAUACAUAAAUAUUUUUCAAUAAAAAUCAGGGCGUGAAUAAUUUAUUUUCUCCACCAACUGAAAGCCAACCAUUUGGAAGACCACUUAAAAGAGAUGAGAUAAGUCAUUCAGUAAAAAUUACUUUUAUAUUUACACGGAAAAGAGGAAGUUUUGUUCUUCCCUUUGAAUUUUGUUGAAACUCGAGGGCUUUAUUGAAUAGUUUUGGCAUGCAGGGUCAUUUUUCAUUAAAAGGCGAAAAGGCAUCUGAAAUCUGUAUCUCUAUGGAUUAUUCGUCAGUGGAACCAGGGCGAUUCCGUGCAGAGGGUAUUCGAGGCGUUCAACUUUUGGGAGUGAAACAAACACAAAUGCUCCUUCCCCAAGGGGCGGGGGCGGUGCCUGAGCGACGCACCAAUCACAGCGCGCCCUGCCCUAUAUAAGGCCCUGAGGCCCGUGCAGCAGUUUACGCUACUUGCUAGGUGGUACUUAUUCCUCUACUCUAAGGCAAUGUCUGAGAUGGUACGUGCUGCUCUAGCGGACUCGGUUCCACCGUCCAUCGAGAAACGUCCCCCCAAAAAGCGGGGCAAGAAGCCGGUUGGCUUGAAGGGUGAAAGUCACAAGACCACAAGCGCCUCAUUGUCCAAGUUGAUUAUCGAGGCCCUUUCUAUUUCUCAAGAGAGAGCUGGCAUGUCUUUGGCAGCGCUGAAAAAGGCGCUAGCAGCCGUGGGCUAUGACGUGGAGAAGAACAACAGCCGCAUCAAGCUGGGUCUCAAGAGCCUGGUUAGCAAAGGAAUUCUGGUGCAGACCAGGGGUACCGGUGCUUCCGGCUCUUUCAAGCUCAGCAAGAAGGUUGCCACUGAGCCCACCAAGGGAAAGGUCAAGAAGCCUGCUUCUACCAAGACGAAGAAGCGGGUUUUGGCUAGAGACUCCAAGGCUCCACAGAAAGCUAAGACCAACAAAAGAGCAAAGACGCCGAGGACAACAAUGGCUGAGAAAGCUGGUAAGAGUGGCAGAAAAGCUAAAGGCGCCAAGGGCAAACAACAACAGGAAAGUCCAGCGAAGGCCAGAGCAGGGAAGCCGAAGGCUGGGAAUUCUAAACUGACCCAGUCGAAGUCUAAUCCGAGGAAAGCAACAACCAAGAAGUAAAAUUUCUGCAACGGCCAGUUUAAAUAGAACCCAAAGGCUCUUUUAAGAGCCACCCAAAUGAUUUUAAGAGGGUGUAACAUUGCGUUUUCAGAAGACUCCGGAAGAAAAGACUAUUCGUCAACCUUAUCGCUUGCAAAUAAGCAAGUUUGUGAUGCGGUGAUAGUGUCUUGUCAGACAAACGGUACAGACUCUGAAGAGCUUCAGAUACUUAAUGGUAUGCUGACUGCCCAGUUCCAGAAAGUUAGGUUGUCCAUCCUAAUAAAAAUAAGGCACAUUCCUUGUAUGUAAGUUCCUAAAUGCUUAGAGAAGUGCUGGAUUUUAAGUCUAGAGAGGAGAGGAGAUCAGCUCCGUGCCCAACCAUACCUGACCAUGUCUUUUCACCUAAUGCUACUCUAGUAUAUGAUUUAAUGUGCCUUUCCAUGUAAGAUUUCUGAGCUCAGUCUCCAUGGACUUUACAGGGGUUAAUAUACAGAAACCAAGGUCUCAAUUUGGAUUAGUGAGAAGUUUACUUCUCGUUAAACAUUUUUCUUUCCACUAUGAGUGAUUAGUUGUGUAAAUCACAGAUGUUUCCGUUUUACAUUUGCAAGAAUAUUGAAAUGCCUUUCACCUUCAUUAGUUUGCAAGUAGUUACCAGAUGACUUUAUAUAUUAAGCACAUACUGUUACAUUAAAAUUUGGUUUGAUAAUAUAAUUAGUCUUAAUAUAAUUGUUCUCUAUUUAUGAAGAGAAUGAUAGGCUUGUUCAGAUUGUGCUACACAGGCUGAGAAAUGUUAACUCUAAAACGUGUAUGGAGAUGUUGGAGGUUCAAAUAUUAGGGUGUGACCUUUAAAUCACAAACCUGCUUGUACUAGGAAACGCUCAGGGUCGGAGUUAAAGCAUCUUUUUCGCUUUAAACAGUUUAGUUUGUUUUCACUUAGUUUGUAAUUUAGCAUUC